AGGGAUUCCAAUUUAUCCCAUAAAGCCUUAGCAGAUUCAAUGAUUCCAACUUUUCUAAGGACAGAGUCAGAGAGGUUCAAGUAAAUGGUGGAACAGGCAGUCUCAUUCAUUUCUAAUUGCUUGGGUUUAUCCUCAGUAUCUAAAAAUUUAUCAGUUACAGCCCUAUAAACCUUUUGUUGUAUCAACACACACUUUAUCUUCUGUUUCCAGAUGUCAAAGUCAGUUUUACCAUUGAAAGGAAGCAUGCCAUACACAUUGGAAGACAUGGUAAACAACAAUUCACAAGGUAAAUGAGCCUAGAGUAAUACAAGGCUUAGCCCUAGCUGGUUAGGCUGCGGACUAAGGAACCACGCAGAUCCGGGGCCACUGAGGUGGCUGGCAGGGAAUCCCUUAGCCCUAACCUCAAGUGCCUAACCCAACUAGGUUAUUAUGCCACAGUAUUACCAAGGAUCAAAAACCAACACAGGUAAAAGAACAGACUGGAAACAGAUAAAGGCAAGACAAGCAAGAUUCACAGGGGGGUUAAUAAAUCGAAGAUCACACAGAUGAGCCAGUGGAACACACAGAUACUUCAAACAAUCACAAAGAUAAUGGUGGUCCAAGUACGACACGGAUUGGCACCACUCAUACACAAAUUCAUCAACCUAGGGUUUCUGCAGAGCUGACUAGACAGUGUCUGCACAUACCAAGAUGGCUCUAGGGUUUCUAACCGGCAAACCAGUAACCUAGGGUUACAGAUUAACCCAUGCAACACAGAUACCGGUGGCACUCCGGCAGCCCAAGAGUCAGGGUCAAGUUUUUAUACCUGAGCGGAAGUCCAGGUGGAACUGUCCGACUUACCAAUGCAGCGGAAGAUUCUGGAGUCGAGGCGUUACCAGGCGGGAGGACUUCCGGCAGGGUUCCGAUGAGGAGAGGCAGCGUCCGCGGCUCUGAUACCACUGUAGAGACUUUAGGACCGGCUCAGACCUCAAUCACCACACCACGAAGGUAGCUCAUCAUCCAACCACCAGAGGGCUUCAAAAGGGAAAAGGGGAGGGCAACAGCCACAGCACUCAACCUCACUCUGAUGAACCCACCGGAGAAAACCCCCCAAACCCACUGGACAAGAGUGAAGCACCCAAAGGUAUUCCCAGGAGACCGUCGGAGGGUGGCCGGAGCACAGCCCUUGACAGUUCCUCUCUCUCUCACUCUAGAACCAGGGCAACACUCUAACCGACUCAUCUGAACAAGGAAGAAGAGAGUGGCUGAAAUAGGAGAGUCUAGAAGGAACGGGACAAAUAUACCAAGGGCCACAAGAGUCACGGGCUGGACAAGACAAACAAAGGGGGAGUGGGCUGAUCAGGGUAAACAACAAGGAGCAAGUGGGCUGGUCAGGGUGGACAGCCCAACAUGGGCCAGAGACAUUAAAUGUGAAUGGGGCCAAUACCAACUCACAAGUUUGAGAUUGUCGUCUAAGUCCAGUCAGGCUUUCCGCAAGGAGUAGAUAUAGAUAAAGACAAUCCCUUGCUUCUAAGUAGUGCCUAUGAAAGUUGAGGAAUUUAAGAUGGAAGGACCAAAACAAGUUUUUCUCAAGGAUUACAAGCAGCCCGACCACUACUUUGAUACGGUGAAUUUGAAUUUUUCACUAGGUGAGGAGAGAACAAUUGUCUCUUCUAAAAUUACUGUCAUCCCCAGAGUUGAAGGUGGCAGUUCAUCCCCACUUGUUUUGAAUGGACAUGAUCUGAAGUUGCUUUCCAUACUUGUUAAUGGCAAUGCGCUGAAGGAAGCAGAUUUUCACUUGGACUCGAGGCAAUUGACUAUUGCUUCACCCCCUAGUGGCAAGUUCACUUUGGAAAUUGUUACAGAAAUAUAUCCGCAGAAAAACACAUCAUUAGAGGGUCUUUACUGGUCAUCUGGUAACUUCUGCACACAAUGUGAAGCUGAAGGUUUUCGUAAAAUUACGUUCUAUCAGGACCGUCCUGAUAUUAUGGCAAAGUACACUUGUCGCAUCAAAGCAGAGAAAUCCCUGUAUCCUGUGUUGUUAUCUAAUGGAAACCUUGUUGAGCAAGGAAAUCUAGAGGGAGGAAGACAUUACGCCAUUUGGGAGGAUCCUUUCAAGAAACCUAGUUAUCUCUUUGCAUUGGUUGCUGGACAGCUGAGUAGUAGAGAUGACUCAUUUAUGACUCGCUCAGGCAGAGAGGUCUCCCUUCGUAUUUGGACCCCUGCACAGGAUUUGCCCAAGACAGCACAUGCUAUGUAUUCUCUUAAAGCAGCCAUGAAAUGGGAUGAGGAUGUGUUUGGUCUUGAAUAUGACUUGGAUCUUUUCAAUAUUGUUGCCAUACCAGAUUUUGACAUGGGAGCAAUGGAAAACAAGAGCUUGAAUAUAUUCAAUUCCAAACUUAUCUUGGCUUCUCCUGAAACUGCAACUGACGGAGAUUAUGCUGCAAUUCGGGGGGUUAUUGGGCAUGAGUAUUUCCACAACUGGACCGGUAAUAGAGUGACAUGUCGUGACUGGUUCCAGCUUAGUUUGAAGGAAGGUCUUACAGUGUUCCGUGAACAGGAAUUUUCAUCUGAUAUGGGAAGUCGUACUGUGAAGAGGAUUGCUGAUGUUUCAAAGCUUAGAAUGUAUCAAUAUCCUCAGGAUGCGGGUCCCAUGGCUCAUCCUGUGCGGCCUCACUCAUAUAUCAAGAUGGAUAACUUCUACACUGCAACGGUAUUAUUACCUUAGGAAUUUUGCUCGCAUUGUAUAAUUAAUACUUUGGAUUCUAUUUUAUUUUCCUGAGGUGACUUGUACACUGAAUUUGUUGGGACUGCUUUUCUACAGGUGUAUGAAAAGGGGACUGAAGUUGUCAGAAUGUACAAAACCUUGCUGGGAAGUGAAGGAUUCAGAAAAGGAAUGGACUUAUAUUUCAAGAGGCAUGAUGGACAAGCUGUAACUUGUGAAGACUUUUUUGCAGCAAUGCGAGAUGCAAAUAAUGCAGACUUUGCUAACUUUUUGUUAUGGUACUCUCAAGCUGGAACCCCUCUCAUAAAGGUUGCUUCUACUUAUAAUGAUGAUUCUCAUACUUAUUCUCUAAAGUGCAGCCAAGAUGUCCUUCCCACGCCCGGGCAGACUUCAAAAGAGCCAAUGUUUAUUCCUAUUGCGGUAGGUCUGUUAGACUCAAGCGGUAAGGACAUACCUUUGUCAUCAGUGCACUCUUCUGGGAGGUUGGAAAGUAUUAGCACUGGCCAACCAGUCUACACUACAGUUCUUAGGCUAACAAAGAAAGAAGAAGAGUUUGUGUUCAAUGACAUACAGGAGAGGCCUGUCCCAUCUAUACUACGGGGGUUUAGUGCCCCCAUCAGACUUGAGUCUGAUCUUACUGAUGCAGAUCUAUUUUUCCUUCUCGCUCAUGACUCUGAUGAGUUCAACAGAUGGGAAGCCGGACAGGUUUUGGCAAGGAAGUUGAUGAUCAAGCUUGUGGCUGAUUUACAGCAAAACAAGUCCUUGUCUCUUAACCCGCAAUUUGUGCAGGGAAUAAAAAGCAUCCUUAAUGAUUCGAGUUUGGACAAGGAAUUCAUUGCAAAGGCAAUAACUUUGCCUGGGGAAGGAGAGAUCAUGGACAUGAUGACUGUGGCUGACCCUGAUGCUGUUCAUGCUGUUAGAACCUUCAUUAGGAAGCAAGUCGCUGCUGAACUAAAAGAAGACCUUCUCAGAACGGUCAAAGAUAAUAAGAGCUAUCAACAAUAUGAAUUUAAUCAUCGUGAUAUGGCGAGGCGUGCUCUAAAACAAAUUGCUCUUGAGUAUCUCGGGUCACUUCAAGGCCCAGAGAUUGUCGAGCUGCUUUUGCACGAGUAUAAAGCUGCAGCAAAUAUGACAGAUCAAUUUGCUGCUCUGGUGGCUAUUGACCAGCAGCAUGGUCAAACUCGGGAUGAAGUUUUGGCCGAUUUCUAUGAUAAGUGGCAGCAUGACUUCUUGGUUGUAAAUAAAUGGUUUAGCCUCCAAGGUGCAUCAACCAUUCCUGGUAAUGUUGAAAAUGUAAAGAAACUGUUGAACCACCCAGCCUUUGACCUGUGCAGUCCAAACAAGGUGUAUUCAUUGAUUGGAGGAUUUCGGGGAUGUGCUAUUAACUUCCAUGCAAAGGAUGGUUCAGGCUACAGAUUCUUAGGAGAACUUGUGGUGCAGCUUGACAAACUUAAUCCCCAGAUGGCUUCCAGGACGGUGUCAGCCUUCUCCAGGUGGAAGCGUUAUGAUGAAACCAGACAAGCUCUUGCCAAGGCACAGUUGGAGAUGAUCUUGUCAACUGAAGGGCUCUCGGAGAAUGUAUUUGAAAUUGCUUCAAAGAGCUUAGCUGCCUGAUCAGUAUUAAAAAAAACUUAGCUGCCUGAUUUUAUUGUGGAUUUUGUCAAUUUUUUCUUUUUCUUCCUGAACCAGUAGCUCAACUGUCUCUAUGCUUGCUAUGAAUCUACAAUAUCAUGUAGAAAGAUUUCAAUCUAUAAUUGUUGCUAGCCUCUAUAAUUU